AGAGAUCCACCUGCCUCUGCCUCCCAAGUGCUGGGAUCAAAGGCAUGCACCACCACCGCCCAGCAUACCCUUUUUCUUUUGAGAGGGGUCCAUACUGUCCAGGUUGAUCUCGAAUUUGUGGGCUCAAAUGAUUUCUGAGCCUCAGCUUCCUGGGUAAGUGGGACCAUACAGCAUGCCCCACUGUGCGCAGUGGGCAGUGGUCCCUACUCCCCGGCAGCCAGGCCGAUUGUUACUCUCAUCCCACUUUACCUCCCUCGGUUUAGUUCUCUGCCUAAGGCUUCAGUUCUCUGUCCUGACUAGACUCUGCUGGGAGGGUGGAGGUGCUUUUGGGAUGCUUGGCUGCCCUGGUCUCCUGACUGACCAGUCUAACCAUAAUCUCAGAGAAGCUUGACAACACCGCAGGCUCUGUCACACAGCCAGGGACAAGAACCGGCUUGAGGGUCUGUUAGAACUGCACUUCUCGCCUCGUGGUUCUGAGGUGCUGCAUGCACAUUUUUACCUACCUUGUGCCCUUUCUCGUCUCCUGUGGAUUAUAAGACCAUGUGACUUUCCCCUUGGGAACACUUACCUGACCUCUAAGAGCUCACUGGAACCAGCACCAGUGCCGGCCGGUGUCCUCCCUCCAGCUCUCCAUGAUGCCCAUUGCUGCUAACUUCUUGUCAGUCAUGGAGGAAGGGUCAACUGGGGCUUAUAUGCUAGAGGAAGUGAGAGUCCUGGGCCAUAAAUUCCGAAAUCCAGUAGGGAUUGCUGCAGGAUUUGACAAACACGGGGAAGCUGUGGAUGGCCUCUACAAGCUGGGCUUUGGUUUUGUUGAGGUCGGAAGUGUGACUCCCCAGCCUCAGGAAGGAAACCCCAGACCCAGAGUAUUCCGCCUCCCGGAGGACCAAGCUGUCAUUAACAGGUACGGAUUCAACAGCCACGGGCUCUCGGUGGUAGAACACAGGCUACGGGCCCGACAGCAGAAGCAGACCAAGCUCACUGCAGAUGGUCUGCCCCUGGGAAUAAACCUGGGAAAGAAUAAGACUUCGGUGGAUGCUGCUGCAGACUAUGUAGAGGGCGUUCGUGUCCUGGGCCCCUUGGCUGACUACCUCGUGGUCAAUGUGUCCAGUCCCAACACUGCUGGCCUGAGGAGCCUCCAGGGAAAGACUGAGCUGCGCCUCCUGCUGGCCAAGGUGCUGCAGGAGAGGGACGCCUUGAAGGGAGUGCGGAAGCCAGCCGUGCUGGUGAAGAUCGCCCCUGACCUCACAGCCCAGGACAAGGAGGACAUUGCCAGUGUGGCGAGAGAGCUGGGCAUCGAUGGACUGAUCGUCACAAACACCACAGUGAGUCGCCCUACCGGCCUCCAAGGUGCUCUGCGCUCCGAGGUGGGAGGACUGAGUGGGAAGCCACUCCGAGAUUUGUCAACCCAGACCAUCCGGGAGAUGUACGCCCUCACUCAAGGCAGGAUUCCCAUUAUUGGGGUUGGAGGUGUGAGCAGCGGGCAGGAUGCGCUGGAGAAGAUCCAGGCCGGAGCCUCCCUGGUGCAGCUGUACACGGCCCUCACCUUCCUGGGGCCACCUGUCGUGGUCAGGGUCAAGCGUGAGCUGGAGGCACUUCUAAAAGAGCGGGGUUUUAACACAGUCACAGAGGCCAUUGGAGCAGAUCAUCGGAGGUGAGAGCUCCUACCAGACGCCCCAUCCAGAACGUGCGCACCUCGAGCACCCGGUGGCCGCAUCAUGAGAGGAAGCUCUGUCUCUAGCCAUGACCCUUGAACUGUGGGCCCAGCUGGACUGCACAAGUGUCCUGGGUGUCACGAGACAGUGAAGGCUUUCUCUAAUGAGACCACAAACUCUAGUGUCACUUCUGGGUUUAAGUCCUGGGAUCUCUCGGUAGUAUGAGGACAUUGCUCUUUGGGAGGAAAAAUCAUGGAGAAAAUAAAGCCAUUUAAGCCUGUUUUAAAA